CCCUCCGCCGCCCGCUUCCCUCCCGUGCAAGAUGGCGGAGAGCCUGCCAGAGCAUGAGCGGAUCUUGCAGGAGAUUGAGAGCACGGAGACGGCCUGCGUCGGACCCACCUUGAGGUCUGUGUAUGAUGAUCAACCAAAUGCACACCAAAAGUUUAUGGAAAAACUAGAUGGCUGUAUUCGUAACCAUGACAGGGAGAUUGAAAAGAUGUGUAAUUUUCACCAUCAAGGCUUUGUGGAUGCUAUUACAGAACUUCUUAAAGUAAGAGCUGAUGCAGAAAAAUUAAAGGUCCAAGUUACUGAUACCAACCGAAGGCUUCAAGAUGCCGGCAAAGAGGUGAUCGCGCAAACGGAGGAAAUAAUCCAGUGUAGACUUCAGCAGAGGAAUAUUACAACAGUGGUUGAGAAGCUUCAGUUGUGUCUUCCAGUACUGGAGAUGUACAGCAAAUUAAAAGAGCAGAUGAAUGUAAAAAGAUAUUAUUCUGCCUUAAAAACUAUGGAACAGCUCGAAAAUAUAUACUUUCCUAGAGUUAGUCAGUAUCGAUUUUGUCAGAUAAUGACUGAAAAUCUUCCAAGACUUCGUGAGGAAAUAAAAGAAAUUUCCAUGUCAGACCUUAAAGACUUCCUGGAGAGUAUUCGGAAGCAUUCAGAUAAAAUAGGUGAAACUGCAAUGAAACAGGCACAGCAGCAGAAAACCUUUAAUACUGCUCUCCAGAAGCAGAACCAUCUCCGCUAUGGGAGGAAUGUGUAUGUAAAUAAUGAUGGAAUUCCAGAACCAAGGAAUGAAAUUGUUUCAAAGCAAAAUUUUGAAGAAGAAGAAGAACAUGAAGAUGAGGUUUUGACAGCUCAUGAUCUAGUAGAUUUCUCUCCUGUUUAUAGAUGCUUGCAUAUUUACUCAGUUCUGGGUGAUGCAGAGACAUUUGAGAACUACUAUAGAAAACAGAGAAGGAAACAAGCAAGACUCGUGUUACAGCCACAGUCAAACAUGCAUGAAACAGUAGAAGGCUACAGAAGAUACUUCAGUCAAAUUGUAGGUUUUUUUGUAGUGGAAGAUCACAUUUUACAUGUAACACAAGGACUGAUAACAAGAGCUUACACUGAUGAACUUUGGAACAUGGCACUUUCAAAGAUUAUUGCUGUCCUUAGAACUCAUUCGUCUUAUUGCACUGAUCCUGAUCUUGUUCUGGAGCUGAAGAAUCUGAUUGUUGUGUUUGCGGAUACAUUGCAGGGCUACGGUUUUCCUGUGAACAGACUGUUUGAUCUUUUAUUUGAAAUAAGAGACCAGUACAACGAGACGCUGCUUAAAAAAUGGGCUGUCUUGUUCAGGGAUAUUUUUGAAGCAGAUAAUUACAGUUCAAUUCCUGUAACAACUGAAGAGGAGUACAAAAUUGUGAUUAGCAAAUUUCCUUUUCAAGAUCCAGAACUUGAUAAGCAGUGUUUUCCAAAGAAACUUCCAAUGUCUCAGUCGGUGCCUCAGAUUUAUAUCCAGGUUAAAGAAUUUAUUUAUGCAAGCCUUAAAUUUUCAGAGUCACUUCAUCGCAGUUCAACAGAAAUAGAUGAUAUGCUUAGAAAAUCUACAAAUUUGCUGCUGACUAGAACUUUAAGCAGUUGUUUACAAAACCUCAUCAAAAAGCCUCACAUAGGUUUGACAGAGCUGGUGCAAAUUAUCAUAAACACAACACAUUUGGAACAAGCAUGUAAAUAUCUUGAGGACUUUAUAACAAAUAUUACAAAUAUUUCCCAAGAGACUCUUCACACGGCAAGACUCUAUGGUCUUUCAACAUUUAAGGAUGCAAGACAUGCUGCUGAAGGGGAGAUUUAUACCAAACUUAACCAAAAGAUUGAUGAAUUUAUCCAGCUUGCUGACUAUGAUUGGACAAUGACUGAGCCAGAUGGAAGAGCCAGUGGCUAUUUAAUGGACCUUAUUAAUUUCUUAAGAAGCACCUUUCAGGUUUUUACUCACUUGCCUGGAAAAGUGGCCCAGACUGCUUGUAUGUCAGCCUGCCAGCACCUGUCAACCUCCCUGACGCAGAUGCUAUUGGAUAAUGAAUUAAGGCAAAUAAGCAUGGGAGCCAUUCAGCAGUUUAACUUAGAUGUCAUACAGUGUGAAUUGUUCGCCAGUUCUGAGCCUGUGCCUGGAUUCCAUGGAGAAACUUUACAAUUAGCAUUCAUCGAUCUCAGACAACUUCUGGAUCUCUUCAUGGUGUGGGACUGGUCGACGUACCUGGCCGACUACGGGCAGCCCAGCUCCAAGUACCUGCGCGUCAACCCAAGCACCGCCCUGGCCCUCUUGGAGAAAAUGAAAGAUGUUAGCAAAAAGAACAACAUAUUUGCACAAUUCAGGAAAAGCGAUCGUGACAAACAGAAGCUCAUCGAGACGGUGGUGAGGCAACUGCGGGGCUUGGUGAACGGGAUGUCCCAGCACUCCUAAAUGUGGAUGCCUCUAGAGCGGCGGGACAAGCCCUGGUCCUGCUUAGGAUGUGCACUUGGUGAAGAACCCAAACGAUGCUGUGGAAUAUUGGGCUGGCCUACAGAAUUCCUCCCUCUGCAUUUCUGACCAUUAAUACUCUUUAAAAACAGCACCAACGCAAUGACAAGCAACGACUUGUAAACAAUUAGGAAGGGGGACAAAAUGGGAUAUUUGUAUUGUAUAUUUAUAAAGGCAAAAUGCCAAAUUGUACAUGCAACAGUUGAAUUGUAAAUACGUUCUUUGCUGCGGUCGGUCUGAGUCCAGACUUUCCCACCCCCUGCAUUUCAAAAUGACUUGAAACAAGAUUGCCACCCAAACUCUCCUUGCUGCUUUCUGGGCUAACUCUGAUGUCAUAUUUUCCAAACAAUGAAUUUUCCUGUUCCCAAUGCCGCCUGUCCCCUUUCUCUCUAUAUAUAUCCUCCUGUAUGAUUUGUAUAUUAUUAGCCUUAAGGGAUCCAACACAGUUUUAUAUACCACAUUUUCUUUUUUGUAGUGGGAGGGCGGAAAAAAAACACAUUUUUUGUAGUACCCUUUAAAACUACCUGAAUCAAACUCCGUCCUUGGUGGUGUUUGAACAACUUGACUUUUAUAGGGUUUUCUUACCUUCACCCGCCUGGGAGAUUUCUCUGCCCUUCAGCAGCAUAAGUGAGAAGACAAGGUGAUGCCCAUGUCCUGGGCAUAUGCGGGUGGGUGUCAAUACGGAUGUUUAUAGGACAAGAUUUUUCUCCACCCGCCCUUUCUCGAUAUUCCAACUUCUGCACUGGGGCAUCCUUGUUUGAAACACAAGCGAAUGUAGAAUAAAUACGAACCAAAUUAACUAUGGGACUUGCAUAAAGAAUGUAUUUUUGUUUGUUUUUGUUUCGCUCCAUGUACUAAGUUAUUUGACGGUCCAGAAUACAGUAAUAUAAACCUUA